UAAAAAGAAAAAUAAGUCAAUCUCCACAAACAGCCCUUUUAUUUUGUUAGCUUGGAUCUUAAGAGUCCUCAUUUUGUAGUUCAUUUCUAAUCAAAGAGAGGAACAGAAAAAGAGAAAGAGAAAUGGGAGAUCAACUGGCGAGAGGAGAAGAAUUCGAGAAAAAGGCAGAGAAAAAGCUAAGCGGCUGGGGUUUGUUUGGCUCCAAACAUGAAGACGCCGCCGAGCUCUUUGAUAAAGCUGCCAAUUGCUUCAAGCUCGCCAAAUCCUGGGACAAAGCUGGAUCAACUUAUGUAAAGUUAGCAAAUUGUAUUUUGAAAUUAGACAGCAAACAUGAAGCUGCUCAAGCUUAUGUUGAUGCUGCUCAUUGCUAUAAGAAAACAAACGCUAAGGAGGCUAUAUCUUGCUUGGAACAGGCAGUGAACAUGUUUUGUGAUAUCGGAAGGCUCAGCAUGGCUGCAAGGUAUUAUAAGGAAAUUGCUGAAUUAUAUGAAUCUGAACAGAACAUCGAGCAGGCCAUUGAUUUUUAUGAAAAGGCUGCUGAUUUCUUCCAAAAUGAGGAUGUAUUGACUUCUGCCAACCAGUGCAAGCAGAAAGUUGCACAAUUUGCUGCUCAGAUAGAACAAUACCAGAAAGCGAUUGAGAUCUAUGAAGAUGUUGCACAUCAGUCACUUACCAAUAACUUGUUGAAGUAUGGAGUUAAAGGACAUCUUCUUAAUGCUGGCAUUUGUCAACUUUGCAAAGGUGAUGUUGUUGCAAUCACUAACGCGUUAGAACGAUAUCAGGAAAUGGAUCCAACUUUUUCUGGAACACGAGAGUACAAACUAUUAGCUGAAAUUGCUUCUGCCGUUGAUGAGGAAAAUGUCACAAAGUUUACAGAUGUUGUCAAGGAAUUUGAUAGCAUGACUCCCUUGGAUUCUUGGAAGACAACCCUUUUACUUCGAGUGAAGGAAAAACUGAAAGCUAAAGAAAUGGAAGAAGACGAUCUUACCUAAAAGAGGUUCAUGUCAUAACAGUUUCUUGUUUUGGGUUUCUUUUAAUGAUGACUGCUCUUGUUAUGGGGUCCUUGUCUAGUUAUACUCUUUAUACACCCAUGCGACAGUCGGUUUAUAAGAUGUUUUACUUGUUUGACUUUAAAUUUGAGAACACUAUCAUACUGGUGAUGGGGUGAAGAUGAGGCUUGUAAUUGAAAUACUGCCUUGUUUU